CUCCCACCAGUUGUGCUGAUUAUCAUGCUUCCUACUGUGAAGUAGGAUCAUGCUGUGCGUAUAGAACUAUGGAUUUUUGGUCUCGCAUCAUUGGCGGCUCCCGCUCGCUGUCUACCAAGAGCCCUCGCGCAACCUCGCCGACAGAGCGAUUGACAGCCUUUAAGCGAACAUGCAAUACCCUCCAACAAAUAUGGCGAUCGACCAACUCCCCCUCCGGCGAACAAGCGGCGAUCACGCACACGCGCACCUGCAUCGAACGAUUGAACUCCGUCCUCAGCGAUGAAUCUCGGGGGCCCGCGCCUCAUCCGUGUCUGGCCUAUGCCGCGUCCUCUCAGAUCUUUGUUACCGUAACCAAGCUUGCGCUCUCUGCCAACGAUGAGGCGAUGCUCCGGUCCGCGACGGUGUUCUUCAACACGCUGAUAGAUUCCGAGGUGGAUGGCGUGGUGGAUAAUCGACUGUUUGCGCGAGCGUUGGUAGAUCUGGUUCGACGGGCAGAUAAACACUCCGAGGAUGUCGAAGGCAGACUGGUGGAGCUGCUCUUUGGCAUUGCGAACAACAUCCGUCUGCAACCUACCAUUCUCCCCGCGUGGUUUGCCCCUCGGUCAGACGACCAGGAUCUAGAGCGGGAGGGAAGCGGUGGGGUGGAAUUCGCAGGGGCUAUGAGAAAAGACGACUUUCCGCUGUUCUAUCUCUUGGUGGAAUACGUCCAUCAUGCAGGGCGGGCUGGCGACUUUGCUCGAACCGGUCUCCUCUACUUGAUCGAGACCGCGUCGCGAUCGAAGAACUUGGAGCGAUGGUUAAUUGAGAGUGACCUGGCCACUCUUAUGGCUACGGGGUUGGGUGCUUUGUAUAGCCAGUUGGGCAGUUUAUCCCCUAAUGUGGACUCAGAGGCCAAUGUCCCGCAUAUUAUCGCGCACUCGGAUCAUGCACAGCAAGCGACUGCUCUGCCACCUGCGCUCGGCGCCACUAUCGACUCCUUCAUGGCCUACCUGUUGUUCUGGCAGGAUACCAUUGAUCACUGUAAAUCGGCCGAGGUGAAUGCCACAUUACUGGAUCACUUUCAGGUAUUGUUCUUGGAGCAACUUCUAUACCCUUCGCUGCUGGAGUCGUCUGAUGUCGAGGGUGGUUCAACGGCUGCUGUUCUGACUUAUCUGUAUCGUAUUCUGGCGUCGAUAGACCAGGAGGACCUCGUGCACCGGAUUCUCCAUUUCCUCCUGGCAUCGCCCGCCGACUCCACCCCCAAAGCUGAGAAGAACCUGAAUAUGUCCGUGAGCCGGCGAAAGUCUCUCGAUGUCCUAGCUGCCUUCUCCGAGGAAGCGGCACGACCGUCGCCGUCUCUUUUUAACCUCCGAGACCUUGCUUUACUUGGACUCCAGUCUUCCAAUCUCCAGACUCGUCUGGCCACCUUACGGCUCUUGAGUGUUAUUUUACAGCGACAUCCCUCCUUUGCGCGAUCUCUGAUCAGGACCAUCCCAGGGCACCCCGCCCAGCAGCGUACUGUCGGAGCACUAAACGCGGAACUAGGCCAGCUGCUCGGAUUGGCCACGUCUAUUCUGAGUGAGCCUACCCUGGACGACUCCUUUAGCAACUACCUCAAGGAUGCAGGGUGGAUGCUCGAGUCUCGCCUAUGCAUCCCUCCGUCGAAUAAUCCGAACAAUAAUCCAGCGGAGGCCUUGCCCCUCGAACUUCACCAAGAUGAUCCGAUCGUGCACGAAUUGCUCAACUCCCUAGACAGCUUUUUCACCAACAGUGUCAUUGUGAAUCUGGCGCUGACGGAGGCCCUCAUGAACAUUGCUUCUUCGCCGCUGGUGGCUCUUGACGGCUGGCUCCUCGUGGACCCUUCCAAAUACCGCUACAGUACUUCGACAGCAACAGCGUCGUCGUCUUCUUCUUCUCCCGAUAUCUUGGAGCAGAUCCAAUUGGCAUACCAGGAACCGUCGUGGUCUCCCGGGGACGCACCCACCCUGACCGUUAUUUUGCGUAGACUGGUGGAACAGGUCCAGGAAUGGUGCCACACCGUUCCGGACUUUGAUAUUCUCGUGGCGGCUCGUCACGAUUUGCUGCACUACACAGACGAACCGGGCGGCCACUCCAGCGUUCCCGAGCCCGUCGGUCGGGGUUCUUCUUCUGCAUCACUCCAAACGCCGCAACUCGGCUCUGAUCAAGGAACUUUUCGGGGCAGACAGGCCCUCCGGAACCUGGCAUCCUCUCCCCAGCGCAGCCUUGUAGGGUCUCCACUGCGAGAGCCCUCUAUCCAGCCGCCAGCUUCCCGCGCAUCCUCGGAAUCACGGUUCGCAGCGGCAGAGGAUCUCCGACAGCGCCUGGCGCAGCCAUUCCCCGUGGACGCGCCGCAUCCCACCGACCAACCUGCGAGGGACCCUCGAACCACCGAGGAAGACAUAGGGGAAGGCGACGAGGACCCCGCCAUCCUGGACGAGGAGCCGGGAUCUGCGACGCUCGGCCACGUCCUGACGAACGUGGUCAUUCUGUACGAAUUUUUACUCGAGAUUUCGGCAAUGGUGCAAGCGCGCGGCACUGUCUUUGGGGAAGCUGGCUACGUCGGUCUGGGUGUGGGCAUGGCUCCGCCAGACGAGUUCCUGUUGUCGUUGUCGUCGUCGUCGUCGUCGUCGUCGUCGUGAGCAAGUGACAAGCGGCUGAGUUGGCUGAUCUCGUCCACCCAUGCCAUGUGAGCAGGUACCCGUGGAUUAUGAUGGUCGGGACCACCACCACCACCGACCAUGUUUCAACCCAGAUGGCGCUGUGAAUUUGUACCUCUUACAUCUGCUUCACCGACGUCCGGGAGAAUACUCCGUAGUACGAGUAGUUAUCGAAUUGCAUCCAAGUCGUACAGUGCACUACUACGGGUACGUUGUACCUCGAAUCUCGAGUACUGUGUACGUCCCUAAGGACUCGGGAUGUAUGGAUGUAUUUAUGCAUGUAUUAGAUACAAUGGUAUUGUCACAAGCUCGGGGAAGAGGCCGAGCGAGCGUGCACGGGAUGAACUCCAGGCUAUGAUUGGUUGAAUUAGAAAAAAAGAUGACUACAAUGUCUUGUAUUAGAAUCCCUGAACCCCUGUCUUGGCGUAAUCCGAUACCGUUGUAUAAAAAUAGCAUUGUAU